ACACCAAUAUUGGUUGCCGUCUGUUUAUGUCGAUUGGCGCGAAACGUAAACGUCAAACUUCAAGCAAAUGUAAACUUUGUACGUAAAAGUGCCGACAAACCAUUAAAAAAACAAAUUUAAUCUUUUAAUUUAAUUGAAAUAAAAUCAAUUCAAAAUGGUCGAAAAUAAAUCAGAAGAAUAUAGUCAAGAGGAUUUGCGGGAUAUGUUAAAAAUUUACUAUAAACGCUUGUUUCCGGCAAAAAAUUUCUUUCGCUGGCUUACAUACAGCAAUAGUGAACCGCAAAUAUUCCAAAAUCGCGAAUUUUCCUUCACAUUGGCCGAUGAAGUGUACAUUCGUUAUUUGUCUUAUGAGAAUUCAAAUGAAUUCGAAGCUGAUUUGUAUGCAAAGAGUCCAUUUAAAAUCGAUAUUGGUGCCGUAAUGACAAUUCGACCGCGAGAUCAUCGCGUUGGCAAUGUACAACCAACACAGCGUGAGCUUGUUUUUGAUAUUGAUAUGACAGAUUAUGAUGAGGUGCGUACAUGCUGUUCGGGUGCCGACAUUUGUCAAAAAUGUUGGAAAUUUAUGGUUGUUGCGUGUCGGAUACUGGACGAAUCGUUGCGAGAGGAUUUCAAUUUUGAGCAUAUUCUUUGGGUGUUCAGCGGUCGUCGUGGUAUUCAUUGUUGGGUUUGCGAUAAAACUGCUCGCCAUUUGGACAACAAAAAUCGAAAUGCUGUUGCUGAAUAUUUGAAUUUUUUUACAUCAAAUCGCGUUAUAUUGCCCGGUGAUCGAAUGCAUCACAGCAUGAAACGUGCACAUCGCAUUGUCGAAACGUAUUUCGAUGAAAUUUGUUUGAAUGAUCAGAAUAUAUUUGGUACCAUUGAUGGCCGGAAGAAAUUAUUGGAAUUAAUAUCGGAUGAAAAUAUUCGCAAAGAAUUGGAAAAGAGUAUUAUGGACAUUGAAGCUGGUGAUUCGAAAACCGUAUGGGAUACAGUUAAACGAUUUGCUCAAACUCAUCGAAAUCAAAAGGAGGUUCAACGCAAACUUAAAUUCAUGAUCGAAGAAAUUCAAAUGUCGAUUUUGUGCCCACGUUUGGAUAUUUCUGUGAGCAAAACGGCAAAUCAUUUACUAAAAGCACCAUUUUGUGUGCAUCCAAAAACCGGCAAAGUAUGUGUACCAUUUAAUCCAUCGGCGGUUAGCAAGUUUGAUCCAACAACCGUACCAAGAUUGCGCCAAUUGCUUAAAGAAGUUGAUGAAUUCGAUAAAAAGGACGGCGAAGAUGGAGGCGAAAAAGCUCGCAUCGCAUUGACAUAUCGAAAAACGGCCAUGUAUAAGAGUGUCAUCAUUUUCGAAGAAUUUUUACGAAAACUGGAAUCAAGCCAUAAAAAUGCUGGCACUAAACUGGAGACAAGCGAUGCGAAAAUGGAAUUUUAACUGUACAGUGUACAGUUGAGCUUCAAAUUUUCUAGUUAAGUCAACAUCCCACAAUAUAACAUAUAAAUAGGCGAUUUAUUACUUUUAAAAUUCAUAGAUUUUGUCUGCAUUUUCAAUGUUUUCAUUUCUUUUUCCAUACGAAUAAAUAAAUGUUUAAAUUUUUCGAAAUUGUA